CAGUGUAGGAAUUGACGUCAGUCACCGGCAUAAACACCAGCGCGCGAAGCUCUGGUUUUUGGGAGUGGUACGAAAAUCAAUCUGCGCUUCCCCACCCGCCCAGCUACACUAGAAAGUUUAUGAGCGUUUACACGACUGACUGCUCCCUUUGCAUUCGUGGAUUAUACCCGCAAUUUAAAAGGGACAAUCUCCAUUGAUAUCUGACCUUUAACCUAUCAAGGCUGGAUUUGUGUGCUCACCCCUCUGGAGCGGAACCACUGCCACCACAGUCACUGCCGUGCUGCCAUUGGACGAGGACGCUGCCCGAGCACCUAGACACCGGCAAGUUCUUCAUCGAGGCUCCCACAGCUAUCUGACUUAGAGAUGGACAGCAGCAACAUGUCACUUUUACCCCUGCUUCUACUCUGCCUUGUCAUCGCCACUUCAGGUUUGCCCCUUGUCUCUCCCCCAGCAUCCCAGCAGACGUGUGAGCCAGUGAAGGUUCCUGACAACCAGAAUGCCUGGAUCAGGGUGAGGGAGAUGCCAACAGGCUGCUGGACCAGCUACACCACUAAGGACAGUAAAGAGGUGCACAUCCUCAGCCUGCACUUCCUUCCUGGGGCUUCCACCAUGUUUGAACUAAACAUGACCACUGCCAAGCCAAUGCACCUCAUCAUCACCACAGACUCAGAGCAGGUCAUAUACUUUCUGACCAAUGCUAACGUGAAUGUCAGCUUAUACGUGGCCAACAACUCCAAUAUAAUGUGUUAUGGUUCAAAUGGCAACAUCCAUAGAAAAGCGCUGCCCACAGACAACGAAGAUCUAGUGAGGUGGGCCACCGAGGAGUUUGGUGGGGUGACGUCUUUCACCACCGUCCAGAACCCAACGAGCAUCGCUUCCACAGGGAGAGAGGGAACGAGACUCCUUCCAACUGGCUCCAACAACUGUACACUUGAAAAUGAAUGGCACUCCCUCAAGCACUAUCUGACAUUCAAAUCAAACAUACCUUCAUCGAUCAAGUCCUGCUCGAACCAGCCUCUCAACAGUCACACUGAGAAAGAACUAUAUAUCGUUAACAUCCCUGAGGAUGUCAGCAUUCGCUAUGUCUCUGUGCACGUCAUCAGUGAGAGGCAGAUCAGUCUGUUCCUAAGAGGUCCCCAGGGUACCACGUGGAGCAUCCAUGACCCACAGCACACCAGCUUCUUUUCUAACAACGUGAUCAUGCUUGCUGCCACCAACAUGAUGCAUACGAUCCCUCCCACGGUCGCCAUCACCACAGACAGUGCCGAUGCUGUACAGAAGAAGGCCUUGGACCAUUUCAAAGCAAGCACCAUCACAAGCUACUCUGAGAUCCGAACCGAGGGCACCAUGGUCACACUGGUCCUGGGGAAUAAGGACCACACACCAGUCACAGAGACUGCACCCACCGAGACCACCCCAUCGCCCCCUAGCCCCCCUCAGAUGCCUCUGAUCAUGCAGCUGUACACCUCUCCAGACUACCGCUCCCCCCUGGACCUCAACGCCAAGGUGCAGAGUGACAAGAGGAUCUACGCAGAGAUCUCAGGGAGGAUGCUGGGGGAGAUUGUGCUGACCAUCGAGGUGAUCAACUGCUCGGUGCGCUCCAAGGGCUCAUGCCCGGUGGUCAGAGACAUACCCUUCAGGUCAGAGAUGUGCUCCUCCACCAUGUGCCCCAACAGUACCAGGGUUAGCUUCUCCCUAGACCUGCUCCAUGACCUGGCGUCCACUAGCUGGGACCUGGAGUGCUCCGUCAAACUCUGCUUCAGUGAGAAAUGUGGAGAUGGAGGAAGAGUGAAGAGGAAUUUGGAGGUCACCCAGACAUACAUCCCACCACCAACUGUGUGUAUUGACUUUGGUCUGUCAGCCGUGCUGGGCAUUGCUUUCGGAGGCUUCCUGAUCGGAGUUCUGCUUAUUGGAGCUCUGUGGUUCAUCAAGAUCCGCACAGGAUACCCCACCGGACUGGAUGUCGGGUCGACUGCAGUAAACCUCUCAGGAUGUCCUUGCUCUCUGACCAGCAAACGGCAACCCGUUUCUACGAACCCCUCCCCCUCUGAGAACAGUAGUGCUAAUGCCAGCAUUGGCAGCACUCAGAGCACGCCAACCAGCAGCAUGGCAUGAGAUCAUCAGCACCACCACCGUCUCCCCUUUCCGACACCCCGAGGGGCCUUGUGCUAUUUGGCCGCUCUUUCACCAUGCUUAAGAAAGCAUUACCCCCCUCUCUUUAGUCACACCACAAACACGCACCCGCUCUCACCCGUAACCCCACCUGAUAGUGGUGAGGUCGGGGGCGGGAAGGGGUGGGAGG